AUGCACGUCUUUGUUACUGGUGCCACCGGCUUUAUCGGCCAAGCUGUCGUACAAGAGCUCCUCGAUGCUGGCCAUACUGUCACUGGCCUUGCUCGCUCAGAGGCUUCUGCUAAAGCUUUGCAAGACAAAGGCGUCAACGUCGUUCGCGGCUCUCUUGAAGAUAUCGAUUGCUUGAAGAGCACAGCAUCCAAGUCAGACGGUGUCAUUCACCUUGCUUUCAACCAUGACUUCACGAAAUUUGCCGAAAAUGCUUUGGCCGAGCGUACAGCUAUCUUAGCUAUUGCUGACGGCCUUGCGGGAUCCAACAAGCCUCUGGUUUUUGCUUCGGGUACAAUGAGCCUAGCGAAGGGAACAGUGGGGACAGAGGAUAGUCCUGCAGAGCCCAAUACGCCAUUUAGUGCCCGCACUGAUACAGAGCAAAAGGUGCUCGAUUGUUCAUCUAAGGGAGUACGAGUAUCCUGCAUUCGCCUGUCGCCUACAACCCACGGCGAUGGAGACAAAGGGUUCGUCUGGAUGAUUGCCGAGUUCGCACGUGCAAACGGCCAAUCCGUUUAUGUUGGCGACGGACUCAACCGAUGGCCCGCUGUUCACCGUCGCGACGCGGCCCGUCUGUUUUGUCUAGCGCUAGAGAAAGGGGCCGCGGGCAGCAGGUAUCAUGCUGUUGCUGAAGAGGGUAUCUUUAUGAAAGAUAUUGCUGGAGCUAUUGGCAAGGCCACGGGGCUUCCGACGGUUUCCCAGGAUUUUGAGGCUGCUUCGAAGCAUUUUGCUGGUUUCAUGGUUCAUCCUGUCAUGGCUGACAACCCGGCUUCAAGCAAGAAGACGCAAGAGCAACUGGGAUGGUCACCUUCUGAGCGCACUAUUCUGGGAGAUAUUGAAGCGGGCGUUUAUAAUUGA